AUGAAUCAAAUGCUAGAGCUCCUCGAGGGGCUAAGAUUCCUGACAGUCCUCCUCAGGCACCAGGAGAAGUUCAAAGAGCUGUGCCUUGAAAUGAAGAAUCUUAUUGGAGUUGUGGCCUGUGAUGCAGCAGUUGUAAUUUUCUCUCUUUCCGUGAAUCAAAUCCAAAAAGGCUUGGCCAAGGAAACUGAUCUUGCUCUUUUUCAUUUGCUUAAAGUGCUCAAGUUUGUUAGGGCAGAAGUUACUGAUCCAGUAACGUCAGUAUCAGGAUUUGGUUUUCCUAGGACCAAUGAGUUGGGCUCUAUGGAUUUUCUACUUGAAAAUCUGAAGGAACUAGAAAGUUGUAAUGAGGCUGAUGAUUCAAUUGCAUUCCCGAAGGAUCAAAUCCGCACAGUCCUAGAAGAUCUCGUAUUCUUAAGAUCUUUCCUUGUCAAGAUAGCAGACCAGCGCAACGGGAAUGGAAAACUCCAAGCUCUUUGGAGUCGGAUUAUGGAGGUUGCACACUGGGCAGAGUUUGUCAUUGACUCUAUCGUGGUUGGUGAUAAACAUGAAUAUUUGGGAAGAGUUGCCAGAGAUAUCCAGCUUUUGAGGACUGAGGCCCGUGAAACCUAUGAUAGCACGAGGCAUGACUGUGGAGCUCAGAGAACUAACCAGAAAUCUUUCCGCAUUGAGUCAAAACGUAGCAUCCCAGUGUUGAAUGAAGUUGUGGUGGGUCUUGAUGAUGAGAUAAAGACAAUUAUUCAGAGUCUUACCAGGGGUUCAAAGCUGUUGGAUUUUGUUUCAAUUGUGGGUAUGGCUGGACUUGGUAAGACAACAUUGGCCAAUAGAGUUUGCAAUGAUCCAUUAAUUUUGAGCCACUUUCAUAUCCUUGCUCGGUGUACUGUUUCUCAAGUGUAUAGCAUGCACAGUUUGUUAGUUCAGCUUUUAUGCAGUAUUUCUUCUAGAAGUCCUGAUGAAUAUCUUGAGAUGGAUGAAAGUUAUUUGGCUCCCAAGCUGUUCAAGCUUUUAAAAAGAAAUAGGUAUCUCAUUUUUUUGGAUGAUGUGUGGGAGAUCAAGGCAUGGAAUUUGGUCAAAAGUUCAUUCCCCGAUGAUGCCAAUGGAAGUAGGAUUCUCUUCACCAGCAGAAUUCAAUUGCAAUUCAAACCUGAUAGCAUGGCCCACCAUCUCCGCCACCUUACUGACGAAGAGAGUUGGAAAUUGCUGCAGAAAAAGCUGUUUGGAAAAGAAGGUUUUCCUCCUACACUAGGUAAAGUUGGAUCUCAAAUAGCAAAAUUAUGUAGGGGCUUACCUCUCACAGUUGUCCUCGUUGCUGGAAUUCUUGCUAAUACUGCAGAAGACUGCUGGGAAGAAAUUGCAAAGAGUCUAACUUCCAGUAUUGUCCUUGAUGAUGAAUACUGCAUGAUGACGCUUGAGCUGAGUUACAGUCAUUUAUCGGAUGAUUUGAAAGCAUGCUUUCUUUACUUUAGUGCAUUCCAAGAAGACGAAAAUGUUCCUGUCAGAAGGUUGUUUUGGCUCUGGAUCUCUGAAGGAUUUGUGCGAAAGACUGAAGGAAUGAGAUUUGAGGAUGUGGCAGAUGACUAUUUGAAGGAUCUGGUUGAUAGAAGUUUAGUUAUGGUUUCUGAACAAAGGAGUAUGGGUGGUGCCAAAGCCUGUCGACUUCAUGAUUUGGUACAUGAGUUUUGUGUGAAAAAAGCCAAAGAAGAAAGCUUUCUACAUAUUUUGCAUGGUCGGAAUGAUUGUUGUAUUCUUACUGGCCCAAGCAACCCCCUUCGAGUUUGCAAUUUGAUGAUUCGGGCGUCAAUGCUAGAAUUUCCCAAUGCACGCAGUUUGUUAUCGUUUAAGGAGGAUGAUUUGGGGUUUUGGUUACCUAAACUUCUAAGAGUGUUGGAUUUCGGGGAAUUGGAGUUUGAUGCAUAUUUUCCGAUGGAAGUAUUUUUGCUUGCUCACUUGAGAUACUUGGCUCUUCGUGCUAGAGGAGUAUGUGUCAUCUCAGCUGCAAUUGCUAACCUCUCAAGGUUACAAACUUUUUUGCUACGAGGAAACAGCUUUGAUUGUUUGUUACCCAAGGCUAUCUGGAACAUUAAGACAUUGAGGCAUCUAUGGAUUAAAUAUUCCAAUGCUAGUUUUAGGUUUCCUGUUGAAAAUCUUGAAGUUUCCCCAGGCUUAUUUCAUUUAGACACUUUAAGCCUUGUCAUUGAUCCCUCCUCUCAAAGCUUGGAAAAGAUGCUGACAAAGUUACCAAACAUCCGCAGGCUAAGAUGUACAAAGAUGACAUCAAGCAGAAUUGGCGACAGGAUUCUCGUGUUUGACUGUUCUAGUCAGCUAGAAUCACUUACUCUGCUUUCCUUUGACGGAUAUGGAUUUAAAUUCCCAUUGAAUUUGAAGAAGUUGACUCUCAUACUUACUCCGCAGCCAUUGACUAAAAUCUCAACAAUUGGAGAGUUGCCCAAUCUUGAAGUGCUUAAACUCGUUUACUCAGCCCUUGGGGAAGAAUGGAAAAUGAAAGAAGGGGAGUUCCCUAGCCUCCGAAUCUUGAAAUUGAAAGGCUUGUGGGACUUUUGUAGCUGGACUGCAUCUUUUGAUAAUUUUCCACGUCUUGAGAAAUUGGUUGUCCAAAGUUGUCCGAAGUUGGAAGAGGUGCCUUCUUGUUUAGGGGAAUGUGCGAAUCUCCAAACGAUUGAGGUGAUACGAUGUCGCUAG